AUGGUUGCCAUGCGCGCGGGUCUCUUGCUGGCGGCGGUUUGCUUGGUCGCUGCGCAGGACUGUGAGGAUUCUACGUUGCUGCAGAAGAACCUCAAGCAUGUGGAGCUGGCAAAGCACAAGAAGCUGGUCCCGGCUUUCAUGGCCAUGGCGGGUCUGCAGAUCGCGCAGAUGACGCUGAGCGCCACCACCCAGGCGGUGGAGAAGGCGGCCACCGCCGUGGGGGAGCAGCUGAAGACGGUGGAGGUGGGCCAGGUGGAGAAGGUGGAGUCGGCCCUGGGCACGCUCUUCGGGGCCAUGCAGACGGAGCUGGAAGCGGGCGUCGGGCAGGUGAAGGAUGGCUUGGGCAUGCAGGGCGGCAUGGAGGACGCCGUGAACCAGCUUGAGGCGAGCAUGGGCACCGCCACGGACGUGAUCUCCACAUUGAAAAGCUCGUGCACCUCGCAGUCUGCGGCGGGCAGCUGCGCCGCGGCGAGCGCGGAGAUGAGCAAGGAUCUGCCGGCAGCCUUCAAGGAGUUCCUGCAAACGGCGUCUGACGACCUGUCGAACAUCGUCUUCCCCUGGGAGAAGGAUACAGUGACAUCCUACAGCACCUCCGAGAUGCCCAAGACCGUGGGCAUGGUGGAGGGCAUGUGCAAGCAGGUGGCAGACGUCAUCGUGGCUUGCCGGCCUUCGGCCAGAUGCGAUCUUUUCCGACGGAACAUAGGCCGCCGCGCUCUGUUCGGCGGAGAUGGCAAAAGGACCGGAACGCUGGCCACCUUGGCUGCCGUAUCCGUGAGUCUGGCUGCAUUUGGUCGUGGGAGGACGCAGGUCAAGUCUGCUGAGGUGAGCGAUCUGCCACCGCCUCUGUUCCAGCCCUCGGAACAGUUCGGUGCAACUGAGCCUUUGGGCUUCUUCGAUCCGCUUGGGUUCACUGCGGUGGGCGACGAGAGGGGCUUCCGCAAGCUGCAAGUUUCGGAGAUCAAACACGGGAGGGUAGCGAUGAUGGCAUCCAUCGGCCUGGUUGGUCAGCACUUCCUGAAGUUGCCAGGCUUUGAGCAGUCCCCUGCUGGCUUCUCCGUCAUGGGCAGGGGCGAGGGCGUGCUUGGCUUCUUCGGCAUCUUCCUGCUCUGCGGUCUCUUGGAGCUGGCGUGGCGAGAGGAGCCCGGCAGCGACCGCGAGCCCGGCAACUAUGGGGACCCCUUCGGCGUCAACAUGUACAACGAUGAGAUGAGGAUGAAGGAGCUGAACAACGGGCGCAUGGCCAUGAUUUCUGUGCUGGGUAUCUUUGCGGCGGAGAUCGCCACGGGCAAGGAUGCCAUGCAGCAGUUUGGUCUUCCAGCACUGGGUGGUCAGGUUGCUUCUUCUUCCUCCGCAUCGCGCAGCAGCUUUGCAGGAAGGACUUCCUCUCGAGUGGCAGCCCAGCAGAGCAUUCUGCGUCGAGCUGAAGCGGUGGUGGAGGAUGUGCCGCCUCUGUUCCAGCCCUCGGAACAGUUCGGUGCAACUGAGCCUUUGGGCUUCUUCGAUCCGCUUGGGUUCACUGCGGUGGGUGACGAGAGGGGCUUCCGCAAGCUGCAAGUUUCGGAGAUCAAACACGGGAGGGUAGCGAUGAUGGCAUCUAUCGGCCUGGUAGGUCAGCACUUCCUGAAGUUGCCAGGCUUUGAGCAGUCCCCUGCUGGCUUCUCCGUCAUGGGCAGGGGCGAGGGCGUGCUUGGCUUCUUCGGCAUCUUCCUGCUCUGUGGUCUCUUGGAGCUGGCGUGGCGAGAGGAGCCCGGCAGCGACCGCGAGCCCGGCAACUAUGGGGACCCCUUCGGUGUCAACAUGUACAACGAUGAGAUGAGGAUGAAGGAGCUGAACAACGGGCGCAUGGCCAUGAUUUCUGUGCUGGGUAUCUUUGCGGCGGAGAUGGCAACGGGCAAGGAUGCCAUGCAGCAGUUUGGUCUUCCAGCACUGGGUGGUCAGGUUGCUUCUUCUUCCUCCGCAUCGCGCAGCAGCCUUGCAGGAAGGACUUCCUCUCGAGUGGCAGCCCAGCAGAGCAUUCUGCGUCGAGCUGAAGCAGUGGUGGAGGAUGUGCCGCCUCUGUUCCAGCCCUCGGAACAGUUCGGUGCAACUGAGCCUUUGGGCUUCUUCGAUCCGCUUGGGUUCACUGCGGUGGGUGACGAGAGGGGCUUCCGCAAGCUGCAAGUUUCGGAGAUCAAACACGGGAGGGUAGCGAUGAUGGCAUCUAUCGGCCUGGUAGGUCAGCACUUUCUGAAGUUGCCAGGCUUUGAGCAGUCCCCUGCUGGCUUCUCCGUCAUGGGCAGGGGCGAGGGCGUGCUUGGCUUCUUCGGCAUCUUCCUGCUCUGCGGUCUCUUGGAGCUGGCGUGGCGAGAGGAGCCCGGCAGCGACCGCGAGCCCGGCAACUAUGGGGACCCCUUCGGUGUCAACAUGUACAACGAUGAGAUGAGGAUGAAGGAGCUGAACAACGGGCGCAUGGCCAUGAUUUCUGUGCUGGGUAUCUUUGCGGCGGAGAUCGCCACGGGCAAGGAUGCCAUCCAACAAUUUGGCUUCUGA